CGCGCCAGCGGGCGUGUGGCCGCGGGUUUCGCACGGUCCAAUGAGGGAGGGCGGCGUGGCCCGGCCUGGUAGAGACGAGGACGCGCCUGCGCAGAGGCGGCAGCACCACCGGGGUUGACUCCGGGGGCGCGGCGAGGAGGUGAGCGGCGGCCACAGCCCGGGCUGGGGGGAGCCGGGGUGCAAGAGGGCAGGCUGGAUCAGGCCGGGCAGGAGCGGACCGGGCUCCGAGUGUCAACGAGAGCUAGAGACAUGAGGCUGAGCUGGGUCCGGGUCCUGACAGUACUGUCCAUCUGCCUGAGCGCUGUGGCCACGGCCACGGGGGCCGAGGGCAAAAGGAAGCUGCAGAUCGGGGUCAAGAAGCGGGUGGACCACUGUCCCAUCAAAUCGCGCAAAGGGGAUGUGCUGCACAUGCACUACACGGGGAAGCUGGAAGAUGGGACAGAGUUUGACAGCAGCCUGCCCCAGAACCAGCCCUUUGUCUUCUCCCUUGGCACAGGCCAGGUCAUCAAGGGCUGGGACCAGGGGCUGCUGGGGAUGUGUGAGGGGGAAAAGCGCAAGCUGGUGAUCCCAUCGGAGCUGGGGUAUGGAGAGCGGGGAGCUCCCCCAAAGAUUCCAGGCGGUGCAACCCUGGUGUUCGAGGUGGAGCUGCUCAAAAUCGAGCGACGAUCUGAGCUGUAACCAGACUGGGGAGGGGCAGGGGGAGAGGCCCCCAUCAGGGACCAGACUGUUCCAAACAAACAAACAAAAAAAAACACACAAAAAAAACACUUAAAAGUCCAA